AUGACACGGCAUAGCAAAUAAAUGGUCUUGAUGGGUGGAAGAUGCAAAACUACACUGCACGGGAAAUGUACAACAAGCAAUAGAAUAUAAAUAAACCCCAAAUAAAUUAAAGCAACUAGAUACACACUAUGGCAAUUGCAUGCCAGCAAUUGCCUACCAUUAUAGAUACAUUGGUGUUUUCUGUAUCUGUCGCCACCAGGGGGCCUCUCAUUUUGUCCUUUUUUUUUUUUUUUGCUCUUGUCUUUUUUAUUCCUUUUUUUCUUUUCUUUUUCUUUUCUUUCCUUCUCUCUUCACAUUUUGCAUUCUAUACCCACCCUUUCCUUUUCAUUCCCUUCUCUUUUCGUUAUCUUCUCUUUUCUUUCCUUCUCCCUUUACAUUUUACAUUCUUUACCCGUCCUUUCCUGUUCAUUCCCUUUCCUUUUCUUUUCCUUUUCCUUUUCCUUCCCUUUUCCUUUCCCUUCCCUUACCUUCUUAGCCAUAUAUUGAGAGGGGGCCUCAACCUAUUCA